UGUAUUAGUCACUGGCGGACAAGAUCGUAAUGUGAAUUUAUGGGCGAUCGGUAGGGAAGAACUGUUCAUGUCACUAACCGGACAUAACAGACCGAUUGAUUGUGUACGUUUCGCUUACAAUGAUGACUUCGUCUAUUCGGCGGACGAUAUUGGUAUUAUCAGACGCUGGGACUUAAACGCGCAGACCAUCUGCUCGACUUUGAAUGGCCACAUGAAAAGCGUGCGCACAUUAGACUUCAAUCCAUCCGGGGAAUAUGUGGUAUCUGGUAGUAACGACACCACCGUUAGGCUGUGGGACGUCAGGAAUCAAAAUAGGUGUAUUAAGAUUUAUCGAGGACAUAUCGCUCAGGUUAACUCUGUAAAGUUCUCGCCGGAUGGAUUAUGGAUUGCCUCUGCUGGUACAGAAGGGUCCGUGAUAAUCUGGGAUAUACGUAAGAGUAAACAAAUCAUGGAUUUUACUGAACAGCCGCCCGCAGCUGCUAUUACUUGCAUACAAUUUCAUCCGUUUGAGUUUCUUUUGGCCGUUGGACGUGUCGAUGGCACCGUCUGCAUAUACGAUUUGGAGAGUCAAGCGCGUAUCUCUCAGACUGAGUCCGAGAGCCAGUUUUAUGGACAUCCAAUAAAGUGCAUUACAUUCAGCGAAAAUGGGGAGUGUCUCUUUGUGGGCACUGCAGCAGGUAUUUCUGUAAUUGGAUGGGAACCGGAUCGCGAAUUCGAUCACAUAAUAUCCACUUGGACUGCGUUGGGUGACAUGAAAGUUGUUAAUCGAAAACUGAUCUGUGGCUCCUAUGAACAAAGUAUUGUUUCAAUAAAUGCACUAAGUAUUGACCGAGUGUUCCCGUUCUACAAUCCGUCAAACAUAACACCCACCGCUUUCAGCCAUAAUUCCACUACACGAAAGAGUUUUUCGCGCGGUAGUCAGAAGCUGAGACUCUCAAUUACAGGUCCGAAAGCUUCACGGCUGGUGGAGGAAAAUGAGGAUAACAAGAGUCCCAGUCUUGACGGCCACUCAUCGCCAAACUUGAGUCUUGAGUUGGUCGACGAAUCCUUAUUGGACACUACUUCUCCGCCCCCGGCCACAACGUCUGCUAUUCCUUUAUUACAUACUGUGAAUAGUAAUAGUGUUUAUGAUGCGUCGUAUACGAGCGCGAGUCAUUUAGCGCAUAAAUCUAAUACAUCACCUCCAUAUAAUUUCCCAUCGAUGGCAUCCAGUACCGGGUACAGUUCGUUUAGUGGCAACGGCCUUUGUUCGCUAAAUUUUGAUGGACCCAGUUCGUUGAAAAUGCCAGGGGAACGUGAAAUUUAUCUCCACAUGCCGAUGGCGAACUCUUUUGCUAAUGACAUUGAAUACAAUUUAAAUGAAAGUAAUCCGCCCAUAAUAUCAAAUUAUAAUCAUACAGAGAUGGUUGAAGAUUUUCCGGUAAAUCAAAAUAAUCAUCAACAGUCUAAUGUACCAGGCUCGGUUAGCUCAACAACGGCGUCUAUAGGACCGGCGCAACAGAUACCAGCAUAUAAAGGCUCGAAAUCGAAAACAGCAGCGACUGCACAAAAACGCGCUACUCACAUAGCCAUAUCAACGAGUAGCAAAUCACAUGUGAACUCCUCCCACCAGCAACGUAGUAAGCUGUCACAGGUGUCAUCGGUGAGCUCUACAGAGCUGCACAAAUUAGACGACAACAUGUCACUGAAAAAGUCCGCUUCUUCGCAUUUUGUGAACAAGACGAAGCGCGGCAACGAAACGCAGUCAAAUCUGAACAAAGAAAAUGCGCGAAAUAAAAAUAUAAGCGUACAAAUCUACGCAAAGCCGCCGACACGAUCGCGGACCACACUGGAGCUGCGAUCGCCACAACGACAAAAUACUGCGGCGGCAGCUGCUGCUGCUGCUCAGAGGCAAACAAAUAGAUUUUCAAGCUAUAAU